GGUUAGGGGCGGCUUUAAUGUGGGAGUUGCCUCCACCAGCUCCCCCCGACCCGUGGGUCCUGCCCGCCCCUCCAGCGAUGGCUGUGCAGUCUCCUGCUUUUUAUCUCCCCCAUGUCGGGACAAAGGAUUUUUAACGUUCACAUUUCUGACUGGAGGAGAGGAAGUUCCAUAGAAAUGUCGCGGAUUGAGAAAAUGAGUAUCCUUGGAGUGAGGAGUUUUGGUGUAGAGGAUAAAGACAAACAAAUUAUCAGUUUUUUUAAUCCAUUAACUAUUUUAGUGGGACCAAAUGGUGCAGGGAAAACGACUAUCAUUGAAUGUCUUAAAUACAUAUCCACUGGAGAUUUUCCUCCUGGCACCAAAGGAAACUCAUUUGUUCACGAUCCAAAGGUUGCCAAUGAAACAGAUGUUCGAGCUCAGAUUCGAUUGCAGUUUCGAGAUGUAAAUGGAGAGCUCGUAGCUGUCCAGCGAUCCAUGGUCUGUACCCAGAAAGGCAAGAAAACAGAAUUUAAAACCCUUGAAUCUGUCAUUACUAGAACAAAGCAUGGGGAGAAGGUCAGUCUGAGCUCCAAGUGUGCAGAAAUUGAUCGAGAGAUGGUCAGCGCCCUGGGUGUUUCCAAAGCAGUGAUCAACAAUGUCAUUUUCUGCCACCAAGAAGAAUCCAACUGGCCAUUAAGUGAAGGGAAGGCCCUGAAGCAGAAAUUUGACGAGAUCUUCUCAGCAACAAGGUAUAUUAAAGCACUCGAAAGUCUCCGUCAGGUCCGGAUGAAACAAAGCUUGAAAGUAAAAGAGUGUCAGACAGAGCUGAAAUACCUGAAACAGAAUAAAGAAAAAGCACAGGAAAUCCAGGAUCAUCUGAGCAACAGAGAGGCUCAGCUGGCUGCUUCUAAGGAGAAUGUAAAGUCAAUUGAGAGUCAGCUUGAUCCUCUCAAGAGUUCUCUGGCAACAGUUGAACAGAAUCUCACCAAAGUCAUGAGGAUAGACAACGAUGUAAAGGCCCUGGAGAGCAGGAGGCGGCAGAUGGAGAAAGAUAAUCAGGAUUUGCAACAGAAGAUGGAGAAGGUGUUUCAAGGAACAGAUGAACAGCUAAAGGAUAGGUACCAGAGUCACCAGAGAACAGUGAAGGAGAAGGAGAGGAGAUUAUUAGACUGUAAGCGGGAAUUAGAUCGAGCCACUAAAGAAUGCCAGAGGUUUAACAGUGAGAAAUCAGAACUACUUAUUGAACAAGGUCGUCUUCAGCUGGAAGCAGGUCGUCACCAAGAACACAUCACCAUGAGGGAUUCAUUAAUUCAGUCCUUGGCAGCACAGCUGGAAUUAGAUGGUUUUGAGCAGACACCUUUUAAUGAAUGGCACAUUACCAGUUUUCACACGUUGUUGAAGGAGAGACAGAGAAGAGAUACAGAAGCUGCACAGCAUUUGAUGAGAGAAUUUACACGAAAAGAAGCAAUGAAACAGAAGCAGAUAGAUGAAAUAAGAGACAAGAAAACUGGAUUAGAAAAAACCAUUGACCUGAAAUCAGACAUUCAAAAUAAGAAACAAGUUGAGCUGAAGAAUGUGAAAUACGAAUUGAAGCAGUUGGAGGGGUUUUCAGACAGAAUUCUGGAGUUGGAGCAGGAGAUCGUCAAGACAGAAAAGGAGCUGGAGAAGACUGAGAGGAGUAGCAGUGUAGAAAAACUGGAACUGGAAGUGCAGACUCUGCAAAAUGAGAAAAUAAACCUGGACAAAGCUCUUAGGAAGCUGGAUCAAGAGAUUGAACAAUUGAAUCUACAUACCACGACAAUUACCCAAAUGGAGAUGCUGAAGAAAGACAAAGUAGACAAAGAAGAGCAGAUCAGAAAAGUAAAAGCAAGACAUUCUGAUGAACUGACAUCACUGCUGGGAUACUUUCCAAAUAAAAACCAACUUGAAGACUGGCUUCAUAGUAAAAAUAGGAAGAUAAAUCAGACAAGGGAUAAUCUUGCUGGCCUUAACAAACGGCUGGUGUCAGUAGAAUAUCAAAAAACUUACGUCAGCAAUGAGCUGCGAAACAAAGAAGAGCAGUUGUCCCUUCAUGAAGCAAAACUCUUCGAUGUCUGUGGAAGCCAAGACUUUGACAGUGAUCUGGACAAGCUUCAAGAUGAAAUUGAGAAAAGCUCAAAACAGCGAGCCGUGCUUGCGGGAGCCACUGCAGUCUAUUCCCAGUUCAUCACGCAGCUGACAGAGGAGAACCAGAGGUGUUGUCCAGUUUGUCAGAGAGCAUUUCAAACAGAGGCCGAUCUGCAAGAUGUCAUCAGUGAUCUGCAGUCUAAGCUGCGUCUUGCUCCAGACAAACUGAAGUCAACAGAGUCUGAGCUUAAAAGAAAGGAGAAGAAACGUGAUGAAAUGAUGAGUCUUAAACCACUGAGGCAAACUGUAGUUGAACUCCAAGCAAGGGACAUACCAAACUUGAGGAACAAGAUACAGAAUGCAAACAGGGAUUUGACAGGCCUGAAGGGCGAGAUAGAAGAACAGGAAUCACUCUUGCAGACAGCUUUGUCUGAGGAGGAAGGUGCCAAGGCAUGUUUACAGGAUAUAACUCUAAUGGAAAGGUACCAGACUGAUAUUAGGGAUGUUGAACGUAAAAUUGCUCAGCAGGAGGCUAAGCUGCUAGGGGUCGAUUUAAGUAGGACUGUUCUACAAGUAAGCCAAGAAAAACAAGAGAAAAAGCACUUGUGGGAUACAGUUACUGGUAAAAUUGAGUUAAACCAGAAACUGAAGCAAGACCAGCAAAAUCAGAUCCAGCAGCUGAAGAGCACCGUUAAUGAGCUUAAAGCAGAGAAACUUCAGAUUUUCAGCAGCAUGCAGCGUCGGCGCCAGCUGGAGGAACAAACAGUGGAAUUAACCACUGAGGUUCAGGACUUAUGCAGAGAGAUCAAGGAAGCAAAAGAACAGGUAUUUCCUUUGGAUGCAACUUUAGAAAAGCUGCAGCAGGAGAAGGAGGAACUGGUGAAUAAAAGGACUACAAGUAAUAAAGAAACACAGGAUAAGAUGAAUGGCAUAAAUGAGAAAGUUAAAGAUAUCAACAAGUACGUGAAAGAAAUCGAAAACUAUAUUCAACAAGGAAGAGAUGACUAUAAAAAGCAAAAGGAGUCUGAACUUAAUGAAGUAAAUUCACAGUUAGCUGACUGUGAGAAACAGAAGGAAAAGAUAAGUAAAGAGAUGGAAACGAUUCGACAGGAUAUUGACACUCAAAAGGUACAGGAAAGGUGGCUGGAGGAUAAUCUUACUUUGAGGAAACGGAAUGAAGAGCUAAAAGAUGUUGAAGACAAUAUAAAACGACUUGUGAGGGAGAUGGGAGAAAUGAAAGUCCUGGAAAUGAAAAAUGAACAGAAACAGCUAGAGGAGAAAAUAGAAUCUCUGAAAAGAAACCAUCAUGUUGCCCUUGGUCGACAGCGUGGAUUUGAGGAGGAGAUUGUCCGGUUCAAAAAGGAACUUCGAGAGCCACAAUUCAAAGAUGCAGAGGAAAAAUACAGGGACAUGAUGAUUGUCAUGAGAACAACAGAGCUAGUGAACAAAGAUCUGGACCUUUAUUACAAGGCUCUUGAUAAAGCAAUAAUGACAUUUCAUAGCAUGAAGAUGGAAGAAAUCAACAAAAUAAUUCGGGAACUUUGGCGAAGCACCUACAGAGGACAAGAUAUUGAGUAUAUAGAAAUUCGUUCUGAUGCAGAUGAGAAUGUCUCAGCCUCUGAUAAAAGAAGAAGUUACAAUUACAGAGUAGUAAUGGUAAAGGGCGAUACAGCACUGGAUAUGCGAGGAAGAUGUAGUGCUGGGCAAAAGGUGCUUGCUUCUCUUAUUAUCCGUCUUGCUCUAGCAGAAACAUUCUGUCUCAACUGCGGCAUAUUGGCACUUGAUGAGCCUACUACCAACCUUGAUCGAGAAAACAUCGAGUCUCUUGCCCAUGCCCUCAUGGAGAUAAUAAAAAGCCGCUCACAACAGCGUAACUUUCAACUUCUGGUGAUAACUCACGAUGAGGAUUUUGUUGAACUUCUGGUCCGUUCUGAAUACGUGGAGACGUUCUACAGGAUAAGGAAGAACAUUGACCAGUGCUCUGAGAUCAUGAAAUGCAGUGCCAGUUCCCUGGGCUCGUACGUUCAUUAGGAAUUUGAGUAAUUACAUGUUAUAGACUGGCUUGGCUGCCUGACUCUGUAAGAGGUCAGAUGAAGGCACCUGAAAAUAUAGUUCCUUCGUAUUAUAUAUUAUUGAGGGUUUGUAACAAUUUUAGCUAAAGCUAUUAAACUUCUAAGCUUUUGCAUA